AUGGAUUUUUCAACUGUUACGUUCUUGGUCAUUCUUGUGGCCACCUUUGUGCUGGUCAAAUGGCUUUUGCAAGGCGAAUCUCAUCCUUCGGCACAACAGCCAGCUUCUGAACCUGCCACUGGAUCUGCUACUGGAUCUGCCACCGGGUCAAAUUCCAGAAGGAACAGAAAUGUCACCUCGACUACAAGAAGGUCCCGGAGACCGGUUACCAACGAUAUGAUCGAGGUGGUGCAAAGUCUGGCACCCACUUUGCACAUCGAACAGAUCAGACAUAGCCUUGAACAAACAGGGUCCGUGGAAGCAACCGUGGAGAAAUUUCUGAGAGGCGACGAAUUCGAGUUCCCCCAGGGCUACACAGCUCAAUCAACGACCGAGAAUGGUGGAUCGGGCGAAACUAGUCAGAAUCAACGGGAUACAGAUCCCCGCAAGAAAAGCAACAUCCAACCCGAUAAUCUCUUGACCAAAUACAAACUAGAUCCGACCACCAUAAUCAGCAGUGAAAACUACAACGAAAUGAGCAUUGAUGAGCGGAAACGUCAUCUGGUGUUGGAGGCAAGAAAAAACAUGGAAAAGCGUCUAGAAGAAGAUUUAGAGCUGAAAGAGCUAGUAGCGUGA